UAACCGGAGAAGAUGAGGAGACGCGGAUGCUGCAAGCCAGCUCUGCUCCUCACAAGCUGCUGACACAUAUCUGAUCAACCUGCUUUGGUGCAGGGGCUCGAGAUUCCACAGGUGCUGCCUCAUGUGUGGGCGGCCUGGCCAAGGACUGGGGGGUAUAAAACCUGAAAGUGGUUCUGCGAGCGAGGGAAAAAGAAGAGGACGGCCACGAAACCCAGUGAAUAACAGGCAGAGCCGGCCUACAGAUUCCCUUUAGACAUCCAGAGAGCACACAGACAGCUGCAAUGAGUCACAGCCCGGAGAGGAUUUCAUCCUACCGCCGUCACUUUGAGGACAGCAGCAGCUCAGCCUACCAGGUCAGGGUGUGCAGCCCUUCCCCAACCAGGAGAGAGUCCCGUCAUGCCUCCUCUGGCUACUCUUCGAGGGCCGGGGCCGUGCGUGUGGAGUCAGUGGGGCGGCGGACGGUCUCUGCAGCCCGCAGGUCACGGGUGACUGGAGUUGGAGUGGGCGCGGGGGCCAUGCUGUGCGUGGGGCCCAGCGGAGAGCGGCCCAUGGAUCUGGAUGCAGCUGCAGCAGAGAACCAGGAGUUCCUCAGCACUCGAUCAAGUGAAAGGCAGGAAAUGGUCGUCCUCAACGACAGAUUGGCCGUUUACAUUGACAAGGUUCGAUCACUUGAGCAGCAAAACAAGUUACUGGAAGCAGAGAUCGAAGCCUACCAGAGCCGCUUCGAGAAGCCGAGCGGUCUGCGCCUGUUGUAUGAACAGCAGCUGAAGGAGCUGAAAAAGAUCGCCGACCAGAUGAGAAUCCAGCGGGACGUUUCCUUCGCUGCUAAGGAGUCCACAACUGCUCACCUAGAGGCAAUCAAAAGCAGAUAUGAGGAGGCAGUGGAGAUGAGGAAGAAGGCCGAGUUUGAUAUUGAAGCUUUCCGUCCAGAUGUCGACAAAGCCACAUCCUCACGCAUCACCUUGGAGAAGAAGCUGGAGCAGCUGGAGGUUGACAUCGAGUUCUUGAAGCGGAUCCAUCAGCAGGAAAUCGAGGAGCUCAUGAAACAGAUUUACUCAGCUCACGUUUCAGCUCAGAGUCUGUUCGAUCUGCCUGAUCUCGCUGCUGCGUUGAAGCAAAUCCAAACUCAGUAUGAUGACAUUGCGGCCAAAAACCUGCAGGAAAUGGAUUCAUGGUACAAAAACAAGUUUGAAGAUUUAACCCAAAAGACUUCAAAGCACGUUGAUAAGGUUCGAAGCAUUCGAGAGGAAAUAGCUGGUGCUAAAAAAGAUAUCCAAAAUAAAGAACGUGAUUUGGACUCCAUGAGGACUAAAAAUGAAGCUCUUGAAGCUCAGAUCCGAGAGAGGCAGGAAAAGUACAAGAAGGAACUGGAGGACCUGCAGGCUCGAAUUGAAGCCCUCCAGCUUGAGCUGAAAUCCACCAAGGGGAAAAUUGCACUGCACCUGCGCGAGUACCAGGAACUACUGAAUAUCAAGAUGGCUCUGGAGAUUGAAAUCACUACUUACAGGAAACUGAUAGAGGGGGAAGACCUGCGGCUCUCUGGCAUGAUACAAACCUUGUCUCUUACCAGCUGUAGCAUGAGUGCUGUUGGUGCUGGUGUGAGCCUCAGUGGAGGAAGCAUGGACGGUGUAGGUGGAACGGGCGGGGGACCGAUGGGACGUAGCAGAGAUGAUGUUGGAGGCGUAGGGGGGGACCGAGGAACGAGUAGAGGCCUAGCUACGAGAGGAAUGGCAGCUGCUCCCGAUAUCGAUGGCCUUGUUGAUAGAACAGAUUCUCAAGGUUACAGUGGCCGGACGGAUAUUUCGACUGAAGUAGGCGAGGAGGUCAUGGCUGGUAGUCAUGAAUUCGGAGCUGGGACCCAAGAUGUUAGAGCAACGACUGGGGGUGUGGGUAUUGCUGGCGGCCGUCAAGGAGCAAGCUUGGCUUCUGGAGACCUUGUUCCUGACACUAGCACUGGAGGAGAAGGUGAUGGUGUCCGCUCUGGGGCUGGAGGCUUGGUGUCUCAGGGUGGAGGUUUAGGACUUGCUGCUGGAACUUUGGGUGCUCAGCCUGGAGGUCUUGGUGUUGGGGCCGGAAGUUCCGAAGCUUUGGCUGGAGGUCUUGGUCCUCAAGCUGGAGGUCUUGGUCCUCAAGCUGGAGGUCUUGGUGCUCAGGCUGGAGGUCUUGGUCCUCAAGCUGGAGGUCUUGGUGCUCAGGCUGGAGGACUGGGUAUUGGGGUUGGAAGUUCCAAUGCUCUGGCUGGAGGUCUUGGUACUCAGGCUGGAGGACUUGGUCCUAAAGCUGGAGGUCUUGGUACUCAGGCUGGAGGUCUUGGUGCUCAGGCUGGAGGUCUUGGUGUUGGGGCUGGAGGUCUGGGUCCUCAGACUGGAGGUCUUGGUGCUCAAGCUGGAGGUCUGGGUGUUGGACCUGGAGGUCUGGAUGCUCAGGCUGGAGAUCUUGGUGUUGGAGUUGGAGGUCUUGGUGAUCUAGAUGGAGGUCUGAGCACUCAGGCUGGAAGUCUGGGUGUUGGACUUGGAGGUCUGGGGGCUCAGGCUGGAGGUCUGGGUAUUGGACCUGGAGGUCUGGGUGUUCAGGGUGGAAGUCUGGGUGUUGGACCUGGAGGUCUGGGGGCUCAGGCUGGAAGUCUUGGUGUUGGGGCUGGAGGUCUUAGUGCUCAGGCUGGAGGUCUAGGUGUUGGACCUGGAAGUCUUGGUGUUCAGGUUGGAAGUCUUAUUACUGGUGCUGGCUUUGAUUCUGCUGCCGCUCAUUUGGGGACGUCUGGAUUCAGUACUGAAGGUGGCAGCACUGUAAGCAGCACUGGAAUAGCAGUAGGUGGUGAUGCUGCAGCCUUAGCUGCCAGCAUGGUAGGCCUGACAAGGACAGGUCAUGACCCUGAAAGAGGACAUGGUGUUACAAGUGAAGGGAAAAGCCUUGGGGAUGGAAGCACUUUACUAGAUUCUAAAGGAAUGGGGAAAAUUGGUGGAGGCAAAGGUGGCUUGAGUGGUGCCAGAAUUGGAUUUGGAUCGGAUGGAUAUGAUGGCAACAUUGAAACCUAUGCAGAGCAGGCUGUGGAGCUGACGGAGAGAAGGACAGUGCUUAUUAGAACAAUUAAAAAAGAGGAUGAUGUGCUGGAGAUGGACCACCAGGAACAGACCUACACCAUCACUGGUGCUGCAGGUGACUCUGAUGCCGAAUGAAUUCUCCGUUGACUUCGUUUCACUCUCAAAUCUCCACGCCCCUCUGAGCUUUGCACUGACCAAACCCCGUGUCUGGGCUCUGACCUUCAACCUUUGGCCUGGACAAACACCCCAAGUGACCCUUGCUCAAGGCUUAAACCCUCAAAUCAUUGGAUUUAAAGACAACUCACUUGAAACACCAUGCUCUCUAAACCUUUGUGUGUCUUGCACUCCCACUUAUUUCAGCUUCAAAUAAAGCCAUCAGCAUUUGAUUACCUUGUCUGUCUUUUAUUUUCAGCUGUUUUUGAGGCUUUCUAGUUGAUAAAAGAUUAUUUGACAAAAACCAAAUUUUUCCUAAACUGAAACAGUUGCUUUUGUUGUCUAAAAAAGGGGGGAAAAGGGUUGAAAAAAAA